UCAUUUAGUUCGGUAUUUAGUCAAGUUAGUCAAAUAAAGGUGCAUACAAAUGGUAGCUUAGAAAUAAGGAAUUUCAUCAUUUAAAUAUAAAUAAAAGAGGAAUUUCCAACUUCACACAAUAUACUCACCCACACAUUCAAUUAAGACCAUAAAGUUAAAACUGCGUAUUGGAGAGACGGAAUGCUGAGGGCGUUAUUGCGUGGCAUUCGCCUGCUUGUGUUGACUCGCGUCGUAUGGCGCAGAAUGGCGCUACGUGGAGGCUCCCGGCAUACACGGCGAGCACGUCGCGCAGUCGGGUAGCCUCAAAGUCGUCGAACCGACGGCUCAACUCGCAGUUAUCGGGCACACAGGGCAACCGAGGCACGAGGACCUCGUCGAGUAUACGGUCCGGCCCAGCGUCGCUGGAUAUACGGAACAGCCCGAAUUCUUCGGGUACACGCAACAGCUCGAGGGGGUCUCGGACCACUUCGGAUACGUCGAGCGCGCUGAGCACGCGCGUGCUGCGCCAAGCCACGCCGAAGCCGACCGACGACAUCCCGGUGUUCGAUCGCAACAAAGUCAGCCUGGACUUCCCGGGGAGCCUGUUUGGACCAUCCGUGUCGCUCCUCAUCCGUACCACUAAAAUCGUUGGUGAUGUCAUUCAGAACUCGGCUGUGCGUUACCAAUCUUUCCUGAGACUGUUCCGACCCCUGUUCCGUGGUCCCUUCGAAAUUAAGGGCUUAGAUCCUCCCACAACUACAACCACACGCAGGCCGACUACCACAACCACCACCACGCCGGCGCCGCCCUCGUCUGACAACGAGAUUAGUCGGAGGCGAUAACUGUUACAAUAUAAAAUAUAACUGUUAAUAGAAAAUUACAAUUAGAUUUAAAUGUACACUGGUAAGCUAACCGUAUGAGAUAUUCUUACAUAUACUUGCUACUGAAAAAAAAUUGAGCUUAUUUUAAAUUUUAUGUUAUUUUUUAUUUUGUGACACGUAUAUCGCUACGAUAACACCUAAUAUUGCGCUAGCGCAAUACUUAGAAAAUCUCAAAAUUAACAUUAAGAUGUAGCAAUUACUUUUCGUAUCUUAAUAUAUUAUUUUUUUAAAUAUAUAAUAUUAAAUACAGUGUUAUUACUGUCUGAAAAGUUAUUAAACACUGAUUAGUAUGAUAAAACCUUUGAAGCUAUACUUCCAACAAUAAUGUUAGCGUCUGAACUUAAAAUAUUAUUUUACUUUUAAUUUAAAAAUCAAUAUCUGUAAAUAUUUCAUACUUCAUAUCACCGCCUUGUUUCUG